GGAUUAAUUGAUUGAUGAUUGACCUUUUUAAAAGUAAUCAAAAUCAUCUUAAAUGUACUAACUUGACAGGAAUUGAUUCAACUAAUUGGUUCUAAUUAGAACUAUAUAUCUAAGCGCAAGGAUAGCUUCAGCUGAUCAGCAGUAAGCAGGGACCAAACAAAACAUUGAGGCUGAGGAAGUAAUAUAAGAGCUGAUUUUCGCUCAAAUAACUCAAACUUUCGAGAUCAUCUGUAGCUGAAACUAUUUGUAUAACUUGAAUUAUAUAUCAGAGACCAACAUGGACGACUCUGUUAUUGUUAACCUUGAUUUUCAAGGGGAUGUAGACAGAAUUACACAAGUGUUGAAAAUUCCUUACAACACAACAUGGAUGGAUUUUGAGCUAAUGAUGAAGCUGAAACUUGACAUUGAUGACAUCACAAUAAAAUACCAGGACAAUGAUAAUGACUGGGUAACAAUCAGUAGCCAAGAAGAAAUAUUUGAAGCCUUCAGAAUGGCGAAGGCUUCUAAUGACACAAUCCGUAUGGAGAUCACAGAAAACAGCCAAGAACGUCGAAAUUCUGUGACCGCUACAAGCUUCCAGGAUCACAUCAUUAUUUGUGACCCUGGCAAUAAUACAGUUUCUAUGACAACAGUUAAACAUGAGAACAUAACUCCACCAUCAUCAUCCAAAGACAAUAUAGAAUCACCCACACAAACAGUUUGUGAUGUGACAGAUGCUGCUGUACCAACUGACACAAAGAGUGAUGAAGAUGGAGAUAUGGAGGUAACUCAAAGUGAUAAGACAGACAGACAGGUGACGAGUCCAUCACCAGUUACUGAUUUCAUUACUGUUGAAGUGCCAGGAAUGGAUGUGAUGUCAUCUAAAGAGGAAAAGCAAUUUGAAAGUGAAAUGAGAAUGUGCAACAAUGUUGAAACGGGAGAACAAUGCCGUAACCCAUCAUCUGCUCUUGUCCCCCCUACCCCACCUCCUGCCCCUCCAGUACAGAUACCUGCUCCCCCAACACAUAAAGUAACAUAUUCUCGUCAUGACACACUCAAUCUGCAUCAUGACCCACCCAAAAGCAAUGAAUGUAUGCGACCUAAGCGGCAGAAGAUCCGGGAUUACUACACCAACCUUGCUCAAUGUGUUAAUCGCAUGCAAGGCAAGAUCAAAUCCCACCACUACCAACCCAAAACAAGAACUCCAUACAAAGAUGUGUGCAACGAGAAUGGAGAACCUGAACAGGCACAAGCUCCUAAAGAACAGUCCUUUUCAACUACCCCAGAUACAGACCCUCCUGCCUGGUUCAGUGACUACAUGGCAAGGUUCAGACAAGAUAUUACAACUGAAAUGUCAGCAUUGAUUGCUAAGAAAACAGUGCGUCAAGUUAUAGGGGCUCUGGAAGGUGCAGUGCUUACAUCUGUCACAGGAACCAGUGGUGAUCCAGUGUUGCCUGGUAACCAAUCCACACAUCAAGCACCAAUACAAACCCCUGGGACAUCCAGACUACCCCCUACCUCCACUACUGAUAUGGCACCCCCUACAUCAAGGGCUACACCUGUGUAUUGUCAUAUGGGGAUCAUAUGUGAUAACUGUGAUCAGACUAUAGUUGGUGCCAGAUACAAGUGUGGGAACUGUGAAGACUAUGAUCUGUGUGAACAAUGUGAAGCCAAGGAUGUCCUACAUGACCCAGAUCACGUGUUUCUGAAGAUCAGACGUCCAGUGCUGAGUGCAGGCCGUAACAAGAAGGGCAAACUGGCCCCCUUGUUGAAGCGUAAACUCUAUCCCACUGAGUCCCUUGACACUGUAGUAGAGAACGAGAUGUUGAAAAAGGAUGCUGUUGAACCUCCUUGUAAACUUGGGUGGGAGGAAAAACUAGAAAGACUCCAGAAUAAGGCACAGAGGAAGAUGGAAAAGCGUAAACGACGAGCAGAGAAGAUGGAAAUGAAGUUACGUAAGCUGGAAGAGAGGAGCAUGUUCAGAGAUAUGGUGGAAGGAUCAGAGAGCAAAAAGGAGAAGCUGGAUCUACCACAAUUCACAGUUGGCAAUCUGGAGGCACAGUUUGUGCGAGAUGAGACAAUUCCUGAUGGCACUCAUCUCCAACCAGGUACAAAGUUUGUCAAGAGAUGGUUGAUGAAAAACUCUGGAAGUGGCACUUGGAACUGCCAGACAAAAUUGAAGCUGAUGUGGGGCAAUAUCACAAGCACUGAUACAGAAGUCUGUGUCCCUCCCCUGCAGCCUGGAAACCAGGGGGUAGUGUCCACAGAAUUCAUAGCCCCAGAUCAACCAGGUGUUUACCAGAGCCACUGGCGCUUACACCACAGUGGCAUGAGGUUUGGGCAUCGUGUCUGGUGUAGCAUCAUCGUUGAUGAGAAACAACUACUAGAGCCAUCUACUGUCAGUCCAAAUGUACUAAAGAUGCCCGAUGUGUCUAAAUCCUCAACAGGAAAAAAAGAGGAUGAAUCAAAUGUCACACCUGAUAUUCUUAAACAGAAACCUGUAGAUAAUGCAACUGUGCUUGCUGCAGCUAAUGCAGUCGCCCAGUUAAAACUGAACUCUGAAUCUGGUGCACUCGGUCCAAGGGUUGAUGGGAAUGUGGUGCCUGCAUCUGCUGGUUUGACCACACAAGACAUACAGUCAUUUGAGAUGCUUGACAUACAUGGAAGUGAUGCAGACAUAUCCCAGACUGCAACACCAAAUAACACACCCAUGGGUACUAGUCCUCCUAAGACUCCUACACAUGAAGACAACCGUCUAGUACAUGUGUUGUCACGUAGUAGCAGUGUUGAGGUUGUCUCAGAUGUUGCAGAAUGCGAAGAAAACACCCCUGACAUCACUGAGAUUGUCCAGGAACGACUCUCAUCAUUAGAUGUUAGACCAGACCCAGAAGAUAUCAAAGCAGACUUGAACAUAGAGAGCAUCAGCUCUACCUUCAGUGAUGAAUCAUCUAGUGUGGCCUCUGAUGAUGACUUCUUCAUUGUUCCUCUACCAGACUGCUUUGACACACGUCGUCCAAUGUCAAGAUCUAUGAGCCAGUCAAGCAUGAGCGCGAGUGAACACCAUAAAGCAGAAAAAGAUUUAACCACAAAGUUUGUAGAUCUCACUGCAUCUACUUCUACAGAGAAUACACCUCUUCUCUCAACAACCCUUCCCAUGGCAACAAAGCCCACAUGUGGAGCAACAGAGGUGCCAAAAGGUGAUAGUGUGAGAUGCAAAGAGGAUGUUCCAGAGAAGGCUGUCAAUGAAGAAGAGGAAGAUGUGGAAUACUUAGAAUGUGUCCAGGUGCAAGAAGAACUGGUAGACAAAAUUUCCCAAUCUCCCAACAUUCAAGAAACAACCAACAAAGACAGAAAAGAUGAAAGAGAAGUUGAGGAAAUUGGUGCAGCAAGUCCAGAUGUUGUUGAAAUUGCUAGAGUUGAACCUGAAGUAGAGGAAAUUGCAAGAAAGGAAACAGAGGUAGUUGAAGUGAAGGCUAGCACAAACCAAGAUGCUACGCCACCCAUUGACAUUCCACAAGGUGGAGCUACUGGUGGCAUGGAGAGAGAAGCAAGAGGAAGGUCCCCGGGGGAACAGGUGUACAAUGUAGCAACAGCCAUAGUGAAGACUGCCAAGGAUGUCUUCCAUACUUUACAAGCCAAGAACCAGUAUCAACCCCCUGCAUCUACAUGGACUCCUCCCUCUAACAAUUUCACCCCUCCAGCCUCCAAUUGGACUCCACCAGAAGACACCUUUGUACCCCCAAAAUCAGAGUGGACUGGUCUAAGAGAUGAAUGGACCCCUUCUACACAGAAUCAACACUCUGACGAAAUGCAAAAACUUGUGGACAUGGGAUUCGGUGAUGUAGAACUGAAUCGUAAAUUAUUGGCGCAACAUUCUAAUAAUGUAGAGAAAGUCAUUCAGGACUUGCUCCAAACUCCAAGCAGUGACUGGAAUAACUGGGCAGAGAACAGGCACUAA